AUGAGAUGGAAAAGACAGAUGAACUGUCCUCAACAACUGCAGAAGAGCCUGAGCCUAUUUCGUGUGUUCUGCAAGAUGACAUCCAGGCACUUGCAAUUAAGGUGGAGGACCUGGAGAAACUCCACACUCCACACCUUCCCUAUGAUGCUGGGAGAAUUCCUGUUAGUAGGAAAUACUUUGUUCAAAAACGUCAGCCCAAAGAGACGAAGAAGGUGGCACAUUCCCUGGUAGCAUAUCCUGCUUCCCCAAAGGCACACAGGGAACCACCGGCUUUUUCUGGUACAGUUAAACUUCACAUCUUAUCUUUGAGUUUUGGUUUUGCUAAGCCUAGCUUUAGUGACCUGACUCUGGGCUUGUUUUUUGUGUGUUUGUGUGUUGUAGGACCAGAACUGUUUGGUGAUGGCUGUGAAGAGAUUCUCUCCCAUCACAUUUUGGGAAGUCUUCAGGAGUUCAAGAUGGAAGCCUUGACCAGAGGAAAUGCUCAGGUUGCAGAUUUUAUUGAGAUUUCUCAUCCAGAUGUGUCUGUGACAGCUUUAAAAGAGGAACAUGGAGAAGAGAAGAAGAAAAAGGUUCAUCAGACCCCACUGGCAGAGCACAAAGCUCUCCAGAACUGGCAUCGUAAUAUGGCAAUCAGGAAAAAGCAAGAGAAAUACCUAGGAGAAAUUCUUCAGAGGCCAGAGAAUGAAUUGCUGAUGAACAUCUCAGAGGAUUACAGGCAAAUCCAGGAAGAACGUGACAUCAUUGACCGGAGUCUCCCUGCCCUGCUUCCUGGAAAGGGCUACCGGAGAGGAAGCGAGUUCUGGAGCCAGCCUGAGCGUAUUGGAGAUGAACUCACUGGCCUGACGAUGACGCUGACUCAGAGGGAACGUGGCUGCACAGAGCCAGUUGCUCAUGUGGGGAAACCCCACACUGUCCGGAUGGAAACGAGUCUGAAGCCUCCAAAGAGGAUCCCUUUCCAUCUAACCUGGGAUAAGAGUCUUUUCCUGAAACAUCGACGACAGGAGCUAAAAUCUGUCCUAGAGGAGCUAGAUUUUUAUAAGCCGGAUCUGGAUGGUCUGGAGGUGAUUGGUAAAGGGCAGCCUUUCACAUCUGUCUCAACAGAGCCUUUUCCACGUUCCACCACUCCUGAAGCGUCUGAGACCCUCAGUGACUCCUUAAGAGACUACCCCGAUGUGGUUCCAGAAGCAGUACGAGGUCCGUCUUUAAAUUUCUGUGGCCAGCCUGCUCGUUGGAUCGACUGCAGCACUUCUCGCAGGGAUGAAAUUGGCAUUGCUGCCCGGCUCACCUUUGAGACUUUGGCUGGUGAGAGAGCCGAAAGCUCUCUGACGGUGAGCAAUGAUGGCACAACUGCCAUCUGGUAUAACUGGAUGAGACUUCCUCAGCAGAUUCCCUCUAGAGAAACCAAGGGGAAGAGGAUGCCAUGUUUUUACUUUGAUACCAGACCAGGUGUAAUUUUGCCUGCUCAAACUAGGAAGUUUUCCUUUCUUUUCAAGUCAGAGAGAGCAGGAGUUUUCAGCGAGUCCUGGGAAUUUAGGACACAUCCUCUGUUAUUAGGUGGAGCUCUGCUGCAGGUGACCCUUUGGGGAAUCAGUGUGUACGAGGAUAAGUUGGCUGACCUCCGAGAGAAACUGGAGACUGACCUGGCUGCUCGAGAAGCUGCUACUGUAGAAAAGAAUAUGAAGGAACUUGUCCAAAUUCGGACCCCAGAGCGCACCCCAUCUCCUGUGGAUGCCUAUGUCACAGAGGAAGAGUUGUUCCACUGGAAGAAUCCCGAGUUGCAUUAUCAGCAUCACGUGGUAAAACAGCUGCAUGAGCUAUGGAGACAGCACAUUACUGUCCCUUCAGCCUUUGAGGAGAAAGUGCCCUUGGGCCAGAAGAGCCCUGCGGAGGAUGUGCAGUACCAGGAGAGUUCUUCAGAGGCUCAUCCUGCUCAGAGCAGCACCAGAGAGGUCCCAGGUUGGAAGAACACGCUUGAGGAAGCUCUGAGUCAAACAACAAACAUGGAGGAGAAAGAACCAGGCCCCUCAGCAUGGAACCUCUCCUUAGAGGACUUUAAGCAGGCUAUAAAGUCGAUCCCCAAGGAGGAGCAGCGAGAGCAAGCACUGACCCAGCUCAAUUCCGCAGCACUGGAGCUGUGUGUUGAACAGAGGCCAACUCAGUCAGAUCUUUUCUAUCCAAUCUGUCUCCAGCUGUGGCGUGAAACAAUUGACGGUUUGGUGAGUCACUCUGUGAGGCUGAGAUCCAUGCUUGGCUUGCCUGAGAACACCACUUUUGUAGAUGUUGUCCUAGAGGAAACAGUGGAAGUAAAGCAACCUUUAAAAGGAAGAAAGGAAGACAGAAUAACCACUAGGAAAGAAGAGAGAAGUUCGUUUGGUGCUAAGGAUAAAGAAGGCAAAAAAAGAACAACAAAGACAGCAGGGAAAGCGAAAGAGGAACGUCCAAGCAGCAGAAAGUUAAAAGAUGAGAAGAAGCUGAAAUCUUCCACUUCAUCACAGGUGGUGAAAGAGGGAGCACAGCCCAUGGAAGCUGCAACUACAGAUAGAGGAGAACCUCCUCAGGAGCAGGUGGACCCUACUUUGUUUGGGAUGUACCAGGAGAAACUUUAUAUUGAAGUUUAUGGACUGCUGGAUUCGAUGGUGAGCAAAAUGGUUUCUUUAUUUGAAGAACUAAAGCAAAAAGGAACU